AUGAAUGCUCUUAUGUUCUCUAUCGUGGCAAUGAAGAAGUCGUGCACCUUUCAAUGGAUCCCAGCCCACGUGGGCAUUGAGGGAAAUGAACAGGCCGACACUCUUGCCAAGGAGGCCAGAACAGUGGAUCCCACCCCUCUAUAUACCACUGCUCUGGAUGCUAAUGCCAUGGCAAGACAGAGGCUCUGUACCAACCGCAAGAAACUCUCCCUGACAAUUCUAAAUUAUAGAAGAGACAUGACAACCACGCUUGCAAGACUCAGAACAGGACACCUGAGGGGCAUGUGGAUCAUGUCUGAUGGCUCCAGACUCUAUGUAGAAUGCAGACACUGUCCAGGCGUGCAGCUGGAUCCGGAGCAUGUUUUCAGCUGCCAUUCUAUUAUUUCAGCCCUCUUCAAAAUAGACAUUGACUGCACCAGGGAUAUUCUUUAUUCUAAUAAAGUUGAAGAUGUGGUCAAGGCUGUUCUGCAUGCUUUUGGCCCAAUCUAA